GCUCAUAUUCUAAACUCAAGAUUUUGUUUUCUCUAGAAGAAAACAGCACAAAAUAUGCUAUAAAUGAUAUAUUACAUCAUUUUCUACUAUGUUUAAGUUUUUAGAACAAUUGGUUAGCAAUCUCUAUUAUCUUAUGUUCUUGUGAAUCAGAGAGUACAUAUCCAUUUUUAAAUCCAAAAAAACCUUGUUUUGGACUUUUUGAGAGCAAAACUCUAGGAACAAAAAAGGAAUCUGGAGAAUAAGAACUUGUAACAACUUGUUGAUCUUUUGAACUUAUGGCAUAUUCCCCAGGUACCUUCUUGAGUAUGGAUGCUCUUGGGAAGUCCGGUGGAACCCAAUAUGAGUGCUUACUAUUUGAUAUGGAUGAUACUUUAUACCCCCUGAGCUCAGGUCUCAAUUUGGCUUGCCGCAAGAACAUACAAGAUUACAUGCUGAACCACUUGAAGAUUGAGGAGAGUGAAGUGCCAAGGAUGUGCUUGGAGUUGUACAGAGAAUAUGGAACAACAAUGGCCGGUCUGAAGGCUCUCGGUUAUGAAUUUGACAAUGAUGAGUUUCAUGCUUAUGUUCACGGAAGACUACCGUAUGACACCUUGAAACCUGAUAUGGUGUUAAGGAAUCUGUUGCUUUCAAUGCCUCCGCGUAAAAUUAUUUUCACUAAUGCUGAUAAGGCACAUGCUGCCCAAGUCCUCAGCAGGUUGGGCCUGGAAGAUUGUUUUGAUGGCAUCAUAUGCUUCGAAACUCUCAACCCCCCUCUUCUACCAGCUGAUUUUAUGGAUGCGUCAGAUGAUAAUGAUGCAGGAGAUGAACAGGAGCCUGAUACCAUUGAAGAUGCUGAGAUCAAUAGUUUUGUUCCAAAACCUCGAAUCCUGUGCAAACCCUCUCUCAGAGCCAUGGAAGCUGCUAUUCGGAUUGCGGAUGUUGAUCCAAAGAAGACAAUAUUCUUUGACGACAGCCCUAGAAAUAUUUCAAGUGGGAAAGCAGCAGGAUUCCACACUGUUAUUGUGGGGAGCUCACUUCUAGUUCCAGAUGCAGAUCAUGCCUUAAGUAGCAUCCACAAUAUCAAAGAAGCAAUACCUGAAAUAUGGGAAGGUGAAGACAGAGAGCAGCUAGAUCAAGUUGUCCAGUCCACUACAGUUGAAACCAUGGUCCUAGCCUAGGACGUCUACCCCCUAGAUCACUACACAGACUAAUGUCAACUACAUAAUAAGCAAAUUAAUCUACAUGUCAAAAAUCACGGAUUCAUAUUAUCAUGCUCCAGAAUAUCCAACUAUACCUAUGUAGCUUUGUAUUAUGUAAGUGAUAAUCAUGCAACCAACACUAGCUGGGAAAGAAGCCAAUUAGAGAAGCAAGUAGAGAAAAAUAAACAAGCGAGGACAAAGUUGAAGAAUGAGAUAUCGAUGAAUAUGGAACCCUUGAAUUUAUUUUCAUCCAAGUGAAAUACAUGAUCCUCUAUCAUUAA